AUGGACCACACUACCCCCAACCCCAACUAUGCCGACCCAGAUCCUCAUGGUACCGAGUCCGAGGUGCUGUUAACUUCACAACCGACACAUACUCCUCCACCAUAUUGGCAACACAACAGAGGGUCUUCUUACCCCGACGACCCUUCUACUGACCGUCUUCCCGCCAUCAUUCUUGAAGACCACACCCUAUCCAAAGCCGCGAGCAGAGGUGGCUUGUGGGCAAAAUCCAUCGCCAUCGACGACUAUGUUAUCGUUCGAGGCAGUCCAACUGGUAUUGGUGCCUAUGUUGUCUGGAAUUGCAAAGUCCAGACAUUAGAUGGAGGCCCAAUGGUGAUUCGGAAACGCUAUUCAGAAUUUGAUGAGCUACGGUCCAAACUGGUAAAGGCCUUUCCUCAGUCCACCAGCUCUUCUCUUCCGCCAUUGCCAGCAAAAAGUGCUCUGUUCAAAUUCCGGCCCAAGUUCUUGGAGAAAAGGCGCGAGGGUCUGGCCUACUUCCUGAAUUGUGUAAUGCUUAAUCCAGAAUAUGCUGGAUCGGUAUAUGUGAAGGAUUUUAUCUUCCCACCAGAACAGUGA